UCCCCACCACCGCUCGGUUAGCCAAUGAGCAAACAGCUUUUGGAUCGCUGGGCCACAGUGGGGCCUAUAUAAAGGCGCAUUUUAGUUGAACCAUGCACUCGCUUACAACACGUCGUAUUGUACGCACCAUUAACUGACCACUCUGACUACUGAAGAUGGCUAGAACCAAGCAAACAGCUCGUAAGUCAACUGGAGGAAAGGCUCCCCGCAAACAAUUGGCGACAAAGGCUGCUCGUAAGAGUGCGCCUGCAACCGGUGGUGUAAAGAAGCCACAUCGUUACCGUCCUGGAACAGUUGCUCUUCGUGAAAUUCGCCGUUACCAGAAGAGCACAGAGCUGUUGAUUCGCAAAUUGCCGUUCCAGCGAUUAGUUCGUGAAAUUGCUCAAGACUUCAAGACUGACCUUCGCUUCCAGAGCUCCGCUGUGAUGGCUCUGCAAGAAGCGAGCGAAGCCUAUCUCGUUGGAUUAUUUGAAGACACCAACCUUUGUGCAAUUCACGCCAAGAGGGUUACCAUCAUGCCUAAAGAUAUCCAGUUGGCACGCCGAAUCCGCGGAGAACGUGCCUAAAUUCUUCAAUUAAUAAUUUUAAACGGCCCUUUUCAG